AUGCCGACACCCGACCCUGGCGGGCUUGGUACCCGCCUUCCCCCGGAGAUCAUAGAGCUUGUCGUUGAGCAGCUGGCUCUGUGUCCUGGGCGAGACUCUCCCCACACCAAGAGCGGUCGUCAAGCCCUCGCCACCCUCAUGCGCGUUUCUCACACCUUCUACAACAUCGUCGCCCCCAUACUCUAUUCUCGCAUCGUGCUCACCCGCAACAAUGCCGAUGCUUUGUUCUACGGCUUCAAGCGCUCAGAAAGUGUCCGCAAGACCCGAUAUGUGUUCGAGAGCAAGGAAGCGUACGCGGCGGAAUUCAACAAGUUUCGCGACCUCUUCCUCGAACCCAAUGAGGACGAAGGCAGUGACGAAGAGGAACAUUCAGCUCAGCACGAUCUGCAUGAGUCUCACUACGCCGAUUUGGACCGAUGCGCUCUCAACCUGACUGUUCGGUGGCGGCAAGGGAAGCCCAUGCCUGAAGACUGUGGCGAGCAUGGCAACCCAUUCGAAGACGAUGAAGACUCUGACGAAGGCGAAGACUCUGAGUAUGGAGAGUACUCGGAGAGCGAGGAAUACUCCGGCGAUACCGAAGAUUACAGUGAUUACUCGCAACCCGAGGAAGACGGGGAUGACGACGAUGCUGAGGUAGGCGUCGAGGUGGAGGAGAUGAUUACUCCUCCGCGCUCAGAGAACGACAGCGAGCAAGACAUGUCCGACUAUGAGUCAUUGUCGGAGACGGAUGACGAUGCCCCUUUCGAACCGCGUGCAGCCCUCGAUCCCGGCGCAGAGUCGCGCGAACGCAAGCAAAAACUUCUGCUUCACUGCCGGGUGCUGCAUGUUCUUCAACUGCCGAGUCGGGAUCUCAUGCGCGAUCUUGCACACGUGCCUUGGUCCAUGAAGCCUGAUCAUGUUAUCGUGUCCUCACGGGCCGUUCAGAGGGCCAUCAAGUCCGACGUUUAUCGCUCAAUUCACAAGCUCGGAUUUGAAGCUGAUGACUUCCUCGCAAAACUGUUCGACUUUGCUGAGCAUACCUGCAUCACCUGGCCCAGCGACAAGGCCCCCACGCCGAAGCAACUGUUUCGAUUCGUGAGGAGAAGUGAGGGUAUCGACAACAAAGUGAUCAAGAGAAUCCGCAAAAGCGCUGACUUUGACUCGCACAUGGCUCGCUCCCUCCGUCUGCGCGGCAGUGCAACGUUUCAUGGCCUCGAUUCGGUUUCCGAGAGCUGCUUGUACUCGCCGGAAGGAAGCAAGAAGCGCUACUUCAGCCGAUCGCAGUGCAAGUUUGGCGACGUUCGCAUGGAGGGUCAAUCUCUGAUCUUGAACCUGAACGAUACUGCCCCAGACCAGCCCCUUCCGCCCCACGAGUACGACACGUUCGAGUUCAUCAGCACUGGCGACAUUGACUUGACAGCGCUCAGGAAGGAGGUCAAGCCUUACACAACGGGACCGCAUUGCCUGUUCAUGUCCGCAUACUACGACAACAUCAUCGCCACGGCCGCCAAUUAUCGACUGCGUGCUCGAGUUACAGCCGCAGUGGAGAAGCUGAGGCGCUCGCGUGACGUCCUCGAAGCGUACCUAGAUAAUCGCUCAUCCGCAACUCCUACGGACACGAGGGACGCAGCGAACGCCGAUGAGACGUACAAAUGGGCUCGUAUCACCCUCCGUGAGCUGGAAGAGUAUCCGGGCGCGCACGAGGAUCUGUUCGAGGACAAAUUGUAUGACCUGUUCGAGGAAGAGACGGCCAACUUCCCUCUGACCAGUGAGCGCCUCAAAAUUACGGCGCUCGAGGACGCGGAGCCCUGCUCGGCUUGCGGGCGCAAGGACUUUGAGGAGGAGGAGACGCUCAGCAGUCUCAUCGCCGCCACACAGAGCCUCCCCCUCAUGACCACGAGGAUGAAAUGCUAG